AUGCCUUUCAUCAGCAGUGAACCCGCUGUUAAAUGGCAAGUACGGGCCUUCAUCCUUGUUUUUCUCAUUGACGCUGCAGCCUGUCAGAUCCGUUAUUCUGUCCCAGAGGAGAUGAGAAAGGGCUCUUUUGUAGGAAAUGUGGCUGAAGAUUUGGGUAUCGACGCAAAAAGACUAAUAUCAGGCGGUGCCAGAAUUGUUAGCGGCGAUAGCAGCGAGUAUAUAAGGCUGGAUGCAGACAAAGGGAUUCUUGUCGUGGGAGAAAGGAUAGAUAGAGAACAGCUCUGCGGGCAGACAUCGCCCUGCAGCUUGAAUUUUGAAAUGAUCAUGACCAAUCCAAUGCAGCUACAUAGCGUUGUCGUGGAAGUCAACACCACAGUUAAAUUGAAUAUUCAAGAUCAGAACGACAACCCCCCUCAGGUCCUGUACCCAGUCCAGACUGGUGGCUCUGUGGUGGCUGAGAUGGUGCCUCGUUCAGCAGAUGUGGGCUAUCUGGUGACUAAAGUGGUGGCUGUUGAUGUGGACUCUGGCCAGAAUGCGUGGUUGUCGUAUAAACUGCAGAAAGCCACAGACAGGGCGCUGUUUGAAGUGGGCUCACAGAAUGGAGAAAUAAGAACUAUCCGCCAAGUGACUGAUAAAGAUGCAGUGAAACAAAGACUGAGUGUGAUAGUGGAGGACAACGGGCAGCCCUCUCGUUCAGCUACAGUCAUUGUGAACGUGGCGGUGGCGGACAGCUUCCCUGAAGUGCUGUCGGAGUUCACUGACUUUCCCCACGACAAGGAGUACAAUGACAACUUGACUUUUUACUUAGUGUUGGCUUUGGCUGUAGUCUCCUUCCUGUUCACCACGUGUUUGGUGGUGAUUAUAUCAGUGAAAAUCUACAGAUGGAGACAGUCUCGCGUGCUGUAUCAGUCCAACCUGCCCGUGAUUCCAUAUUAUCCACCACGUUACUCAGACACUUUGGGGACAGGGACUCUGCCACACGUGUACAACUACGAGGUGUGCAGGACGACUGACUCGAGAAAGAGUGACUGUAAGUUCGGCAGAGCUGGUAGUCAGAACGUGCUGAUAAUGGACCCCAGUUCAACAGGGACGAUGCAGCGGAUGCAGAGUGAGAAGAGCAUCCUGGACGAACCAGACUCUCCUCUAGAGGUGAGGCCUUUGACCUAUUGA